CCUGUCUCCCAAGAAGAGGAAGUCUUGUAUUUACCACUGGUGUCCCUGGGCAAGACUUGACAGGAAUUGACCAACCCCGAGGCACACCCCCUGCCCAGCACCCAGUGCCAGCAACACGGCCUCUGAGGGCCUGGCAUUUUCAUGGCUCGUCUGCGAGAAUCAGGGCAGGAAAGCACCUCACACAUCCUUCAUCCUGUUUGUCUCACUCAAAAGUGAGGCUCUGAGAGGGGGUGGGACUUGCCCGUGGGCACAGUGACAGAGCCUGGAGGAGAUCCCAGGUCUCCUGACUCUGCAGGAGAGUCUUCUGUACACACCACACUCAUACACACACACACACACACACACACACACACACACACGCGCGCGCGCGCUGCACUGUUGUGAUUCUCUCCUUUCUGUCACCUGGACCCUGAAUGGAAGGAGCAGAGGAGACCCCUGAAUCUCCAAGAGCUUUGUUAAAGGGCAUCUUGGCAGCUGUUUCUUCAUUUCCUCUUGCUUCAUUCCGCCCUUUCUGAGCCAUGCAAACCAGCUGGGUGGGUUAAUCCUUUUAUGGUAUUUUCACCUUUACAACCAAGAUUAGCAGAGCCCAGAGAAAUCUAUGUACCUGUCUAGUUGUUUUCCUUUGUUGCCAGGAGAGAGACAUUCCUCACCUAGACUGAAGGGACUGAUUUUUUUCCCCCACCAUUUUUUUUGUGGUAAAAUAUAUGUAACAUAAAAUUCAUCCUUUUACGCUACAGUUCAUUAAGCGCGUUCAGUACAGUCACCCGGCUGUGCAGCUGUCACCACUGUGCAUUUCUCAAACUGUUUCAUCUCUCCAACAGAAGCUCCGGGCACCCAUGGACCAAUAAGUGUCCGCCCUGCCAUCCCCACCUCUCCUCCUCCCUCCCCUGGUAACUUCUACUUUCCGUCCCAUGCAUUUUCCUACUCCAGUCACCUCAUAUAAGUAGACUUGUACAGCAUUUGGCCUUGCGUGUCUGGCUUAUGUCACUUAGUAUAAUGUGGUCAAGGUGUACCCUUGCCGGUGCCAGUUAAUGGCAAUAUGACUUUGAGCAGGUCAUGUGACCUCUCUGGGUACCAGUUUCUGCACCUGUAAAUAGGAAUGAUAUUUCUCUGCCUACCUCCCAGGGCUGCUAUGAGGGCUAAUCAACAUACUGAAGCGGCACAUGGCUAUCCAGUGCCUGCCUUGUGCCAGCCCCUUUGCUUGGCAGCAGGGACCCAGUGGUGAGCAAACCCUCAUCCUCAUGGUGUAGUAUGGUAAAUUUGCUUUGUAAAUCAUAGAGCAUUGGCCGUCCAAAGGGUCGUUACCUCCCUUGCUCAUCUGUGGCCUCUGAAUAAGGCCAUUGGUCCUUCCUCCUUCCUGCUGCGUGGACUGCACCUAACCCAGGUGGCCAUCAAGUCAAUCCGGAAAGACAAAAUCAAAGAUGAGCAAGAUCUGAUGCACAUUCGGCGAGAAAUUGAGAUCAUGUCAUCACUCAACCACCCCCACAUCAUUGCCAUCCAUGAAGUGUUCGAGAGCAGCAGCAAGAUCGUGAUAGUCAUGGAGUACGCUGGCCGUGGUGACCUGUACGACUACAUCAGCGAGCGGCAGCGGCUCAGCGAGCGGGACGCCCGGCACUUCUUCCGGCAGGUCAUCUCUGCUGUGCAAUACUGCCAUCAGAAUGGGAUUGUCCACCGGGAUCUCAAGCUGGAGAACAUCCUCCUAGAUGCCAAUGGAAAUAUCAAGAUUGCUGACUUUGGCCUCUCCAACCUCUACCACCAAGGCAAGUUCCUGCAGACAUUCUGCGGCAGCCCCCUGUAUGCCUCGCCUGAGAUUGUCAACGGGAAGCCCUACACGGGUCCAGAGGUGGACAGCUGGUCCCUGGGUGUUCUCCUGUACGUCCUGGUGCACGGUGCCAUGCCCUUUGAUGGGCAGGACCACAAGACGCUGGUGAGGCAGAUCAGCAGCGGGGCCUACCGGGAGCCGCCUAAACCCUCGGAUGCCUGUGGCCUGAUCCGGUGGCUGUUAAUGGUGAACCCCACCCGCCGGGCUACCCUGGAGGACGUGGCCAGUCACUGGUGGGUCAACUGGGGAUAUGCCACCCGUGUAGGGCAGCAGGAGGCUCUGUCUGAGGGAGGACACCCUGGCAAUGACUCUGGCCGGGCCUCCGUGGCCGACUGGCUCCGGCGGUCCUCCCGCCCCCUCCUGGAGAAUGGGGCCAAGGUAUGCAGCUUCUUCAAGCAGCACGUGCCUGGAGGUGGGAGCAUGGCCCCCAGCCUCGAGCGCCAGCAUUCGCUCAAGAAGUCCCGCAGAGAGAAUGACAUGGCCCAGUCCCUGCAGGAGGACCCUGCCGAGGAUACCUCCCCUCAUCCCAGCGAGGGCAGCCUCGAGCUGCCAAAGGGCAUUCUGAAGAAGAAGGCGUCUGCCUCCUCUGAGUGGGCGAAAGAGGACUCUGAGCUCAGCCCGGACUCUGGGAGCCCAGGGCAGGCUGCCCCGCCGCUCCCCAAGAAGGGCAUCCUCAAGAACUCUCGGCAGCGGGAAUCUGGCUACUACUCGUCUCCUGAACCCAGCGAGUCGGGGGAGCUCUUGGAUUCAGGGGAUGUGUUUGUGAGCGGGGACGCUGUUGAGCAGAAGCCCCCCCAGGCCUCAGGGCUGCUCCUCCACCGCAAGGGCAUCCUCAAGCACAACGGCAAGUUCUCCCGCACAGCCCCUACUGCCUUCGGCUCCUUGAACGAGCUGGCCUCACCUUGCCCUCCGGCCCAGGCCAGCCGCCCCUCAGGGGCUGUGAGUGAGGACAGUAUCCUGUCCUCUGAGUCCUUUGACCAGCUAGACCUGCCUGAAUGGCUCCCCGAGCCCCUGCUGCGAGGCUGUGUGUCUGUGGACAACCUCACUGGGCUUGAGAAGCCCCCCUCCGAGGGCCCUGGGAGCAGGGGCCUGAGGCGCUGGAGGCAAGACUCCCUGGGGGAAAGCUGCUUUUCCCUGACGGACUGCCAGGAGGUGACAGAGGCCUAUCGGCAGGCGCUGGGAGUCUGCUCAAAGCUCAGCUGAGGGUGGAGCCGUUGCCCCACCUGGAUGGGCUCUAAGAUGCACCUGGCAACACCCUGAGGGGAGCCACCUUUUCCCCUGCCUCCUAGGACCAGCAUCCCAGCCCAGAAGUCUGAGAUGGUUUGUGAUUUAGCCCUGGGGAGGGCCGGAUAUAGGAAAAAUGGGCAAGUGAGAUGCAUUGAGGAUUCAACAUCUUCAGCCCUGUUGAACCAAGAAGGUAGAAGAGGGGAAGAGUAGAGGAAUAGAGAAGGUCCGUGGCCAAGUUCAGUAUCUCUGUUUUGUGUGCACAUAGUGGGACCACCAAAAUCCGGAAAGAGCACUCUUACCAGUACCCAUCUCCUUUAUUGCAAUGAGUGAGUUUUGUGCAUGGUGCCUUCUUGCCAAGAUAAGGGUAGGAACUCUUCAAAUACACAUUCCCAUCCCCACCAGGAACUGAAACUGGGAUAUGGAAACUCCUCAUGUGCCUGGGACAGCCUAGGAACAGUCUCCUAGAGUGCGCCCUUCCUUACUUCUCCCAGCAGUAAGAGAACCCAGCCUGUUUCCUCAAAGGUCCCCCACCCCUGCUCUCCUGUCCCCCAAACCUCGCCCAAGCCUCCUGGAGUCGCUGCUAUAAAUCUGAAAGACUUGAAAAGGCUCAGGCUGCUACUGGACUUCAUCAUCUCAGUGGGCCCAGAUGACUCUGGACCCCCCCCUUGAACCUCAAAGGCUCUGUGAACUUCUCCAGCCUCCAAGCUGCUCUUGCUACUGAGAAUGAAUGUGUCUAUUUCUCUGGGUUUCCAGGACCUAGAAUGCCCUAUUUAUAUUUUUUAGCCAUGUGUUCUUUCAAAAAUGAAUCUUACUGUUUUCAAUAAUGUGAAUAUUAUGUUCUGGAAAGUUCACUAUACAUCUAAUUUUGUGUACAAAGUAAUAUUUUUGCAAUGAUUCAUGGGGAAGGGGGGCCCUUUUACAAAUCCGCAUGUUCCUUAACCCUGUCCAGGGAUACGUGGCCCCCUCAUCCCUGCCCUGGUUCUGCCUACCUGAUGGUCCCUCUUCCCUUCUCUGUGGCCAGAAAAAACCCACUCCAUUAAAAACCAGUCUGGUGAUUGACAA